CACACACACACACACACACACACACACACACACACACACACACACACACACACACACACACACACACACACACACACACACACACACACACACACACACACCAGGCACAACAGUUCCCACAGUGUUCCAGGGAGAGUGAACCGGGAGAGUGCACAGGGAGAGUGUACAGGGAGAGAGUGUACAGGGAGAGUGUGUACAGGGAGAGUGUGAAGGGAGGGUGAAGCCUUUAGCGGGGAUUGCGUUCGUGGGAGCAGUGCUGGUUCUCGGGGCAGAAUGUCUGGGAGCCGACCACAGCAGGACCUGGCGCUCAUUAAGGAGCUGGAGAAAGCCUUGGAUUCCUGCGCGCUGGAGCUGUCGCCCGUAGACGAGGUCUGGCCCAACUUGUACAUAGGCAAUGUAGCCAUCGCUCAGAACCGAGGCGGGUUGCGUAAGCUGGGCAUCACGCAUGUCCUGAACGCAGCCCACUCCAAGCAGGGCAGCUUAGGGGACCAGGAGUACUAUGGCAGCAGCGUUGUGUACUGGGGCGUCCCGGCAGAGGACUCCGACCAUUUUGACCUCAGUCAGCACUUCAAACCCGCCGCAGACUUCAUACACAAGGCCCUGAAGAGCAAAGAUGGGAAGGUCUUGGUGCAUUGCAUCAUGGGUAUAAGCCGCUCAGCCACAUUGGUGCUGGCGUUUCUGAUGCUGAGGCGGCGUCUCUCCCUCGCCGACGCCGUGAAUCAUGUGAUCCAGAGCCGAGCCAUCUACCCCAACAGGAACUUCCUGUCUCUGCUGCUCCACCUGGACCAAGAGCUGGCCUCCAAGAGGAACAUGUGUGCCCUCUUUUGACCUUUGACCUCUCUCUCUCUCUCUCUCUCUCUCUCUCUCUCUCUCUCUCUCUCUCUCUCUCUCUCUCUCUCUCUCAACAGGGUACAAGUCCAGACAAUAGUGUUUGUUUACAGCUUGGCAGACGUAUAAACACAAGAAACAACCGCAAAGAGCCAUGAAUACAACAUAUUUAACAGUGCAUGAGGUGAAACUGGUAUUUCUCUCUUUAUCUCUUUCUCUCUGAAGUACACAAUCAUUUGUAAAUACUGCUGAGGCGUAGUGAAUGUUGUCAAAUGUGCAGUGUAAAUUAGCUUGAGAACGUCUUCCUUCUAUAAGUUUGAUACAUUAGGUUUAAGUUUUUCACAUGCAAACCGACUAUACUCAAAUCAUUGCCCCAGAAAAUGCUUACAUGCAAAUCGGUAUAUCAUGACUGUCUGUAUGAUUUGCACAUAAAACCAUACAUAUUUCAGGGUCAUUGUUUUGUCAAUAUCUCUUUCUA